AUGGCGGCCAAUAACUCUUCAGUGUACAAUAUCAACGAUAGGGUCAUUUUAGUUCAGAUUUUUGUAGGACUUUUCCUUUGCAUCAACUUUUUGCUGAUCACAAACUUUUUUAUGAAGGAUCUCUUCCACACAACUAUGCGCUACAUCUUAUUUGCUGUUACACUGUUGUCUGAUUCUCUCUUUUUAAUCCUGACUAAUAUCCUGCUCAUUAUGAACUAUUUUCGCUUUACCACGCAAAUUUGGCUGUGCCUUAGUAUAUAUAUUGUAAUGUCUAUGUACACUUUUGUCACACCAGUUACUCUGACAGCAAUGACCCUGGAGCGCUACGUGGCCAUUUGCAUGCCGCUGCGCCAUGCAGAGCUGUGCUCCACACGCAGCGCUCUGCACUGUAUCCUCAUCAUUCAUGGCCUCAGUUCUGUGCCCUGCAUUGUUGUUCUUUCCACUUUCUUUGCAUCCGCAACCCACAGCUUCUAUACCCAGGACAGAAUAUGCUCCGUGGAAAUCUUCAUCUUUCAUACUUGGCAGGGUCACCUUAGGUCAGCUAUAAGUCAGUUUUACUUCUUGAUCAUGUGUAUCGCCAUUGUGUUCUCCUAUGUUAAAAUAAUGAAAGUGGCCAAAGCUGCAUCAGGGGAUAAUAAAAAGUCAACAUGGAAAGGGCUCAGAACAGUGGUACUUCAUGGUUUCCAGCUGCUGCUCUGCCUCAUCCAGCUAUGGUGCCCAUUCAUAGAAGCUGCUGUACUUCAGAUUAAUGUUAUGUUAUUUAUUAAUGUCAGGUACUUAAACUACAUAUUUUUUAUUCUUUCUCCAAGAUGUCUGAGUCCUCUCAUUUAUGGUCUCAGAGAUGAAAUCUUUUUUCAUGCACUGAAAAGCUAUGCUCUCUGUGGUUUGUAUAAGAAACAAUAA